CACAACAGGAUGCUGUUGCUACUGUCACUGCUGCCCCUCCUGCCGCCGCCGCUGCUGCCUCCGCCGCCGCCAGCGCUGGUCCUGCUUUUGCUCUUACUUCUCCUGCAUGACAGUUGUUUUCUCCAUCUAAGCAGACAGCAGCUUCAGAUGCCCGAGGUGAGAAACAUGCCUUUCAGUUUGGGCUACUGGUUUACUUAAUCGACCCACCGUCAGCUGGGUUUCUGUUUUGGCCCCUGUCCUCUGGACCAGCCCGGAUGGUUUGGAGAAGCAUUUAAAAGAACUGCAAAAGUGGCCCCUAAACAGCGGUAAAGAAUUACAAUAUACUUUUAUUUGGUAGUUGCUAAAGGCUUGUUCUUUUUCUUCCUUCCUUCUGAACUCCUCUUGCUUUUGAUAAUGGCCUUGGACUUGGACGACUUAUCGAUUUCCCCCUGUAAGAUGCUGUCUCAUUUGGCUGGGGGGGGCCCUGCAUGGUAAUGGACCGUGAGAGAGGCCAGGCCUUCUGGAGGUGAGCCGAUGGAGAUCUAUUCCCCAGACAUGUCUGAGGGAGCUGCUGAGAGGUCCUCCAGCCCCUCCACUCAGCUGAGUGCAGACCCGUCUCUUGAUGGGCUUCCAGCAGCAGAAGACAUGCCAGAGACCCAGACGGAAGAUGGGAGAACCCCCGGACUUGUGGGCCUGGCAGUUCCCUGCUGCGUCUGCCUGGAAGCCGAGCGCCUGAGAGGUUGCCUCAACUCGGAGAAAAUCUGCAUUGUCCCCAUUCUGGCUUGCCUAGUCAGCCUCUGCCUCUGCAUUGCCGGCCUCAAGUGGGUAUUUGUGGACAAGAUAUUUGAGUAUGACUCUCCUACUCACCUUGACCCUGGGGGGUUAGGCCAGGACCCUAUUAUUUCCCUGGAUCCAACUGCUGCCUCAGCUGUGUGGGUAUCAUCUGAGGCAUAUACUUCACCCGUCUCUAGGGCUCAGUCUGAAACUGAGGUUCAAGUUACAGUACAAGUUGAUGACAAUACUGUGGUGUCCUCUGAACCUUCAGCAGCACCAACCCCGAAGAAUCGUGCUUUUGCUUUUUCUUUCCUGCCACCCACUGCACCAUCCUUCCCUUCACCCACUCGGAACCCUGAGGUGAGAACACCCAAGUCAGCAACUCAGCCACAAACAACAGAAACUAAUCUCCAAACUGCUCCUAAACUUUCUACGUCUACGUCUACAACUGGGACAAGUCAUCUUGUCAAAUGUGCAGAGAAGGAGAAAACUUUCUGUGUGAAUGGAGGCGAGUGCUUCAUGGUGAAGGACCUUUCAAACCCCUCAAGAUACUUGUGCAAGUGCCCAAAUGAGUUUACUGGUGAUCGCUGCCAAAACUACGUAAUGGCCAGCUUCUACAAGCAUCUUGGGAUUGAAUUUAUGGAAGCAGAGGAGCUCUACCAGAAGAGGGUGCUGACCAUCACCGGCAUCUGCAUCGCCCUGCUCGUGGUCGGCAUCAUGUGUGUGGUGGCCUACUGCAAAACCAAGAAGCAGCGGAAAAAGCUUCACGACCGGCUGCGGCAGAGCCUGCGGUCCGAACGGAACAACAUGGUGAACAUCGCCAACGGGCCUCACCACCCGAACCCACCCGCCGAGAACGUCCAGCUGGUGAAUCAAUAUGUAUCUAAAAAUAUCAUCUCCAGCGAGCAAAUCGUUGAGCGAGAAGUGGAGACAUCUUUUUCCACCAGUCACUACACCUCGACAGCUCAUCACUCCACUACUGUCACCCAGACUCCUAGUCACAGCUGGAGCAAUGGACACACGGAAAGCAUCAUUUCAGAAAGCCACUCUGUAAUCAUGAUGUCAUCAGUAGAAAACAGUAGGCACGGCAGCCCAACUGGGGGCCCGAGAGGACGGCUAAAUGGCAUAGGAGGCCCUCGUGAAUGUAACAGCUUCCUCAGGCAUGCCAGAGAAACCCCUGACUCCUACCGAGACUCUCCUCAUAGUGAAAGGUAUGUGUCAGCCAUGACCACCCCGGCUCGUAUGUCACCUGUAGAUUUCCACACGCCAAGCUCCCCCAAAUCGCCCCCUUCGGAAAUGUCUCCACCUGUGUCCAGCACGACAGCAUCCGUGCCCUCCAUGGCCAUCAGCCCCUUUGUGGAAGAAGAGAGACCUCUGCUUCUGGUGACACCGCCCAGGCUGCGGGAAAAGUGCGACCACCACCCUCAGCAGUUCAACUCCUUCCACCACAACCCCGCGCAUGAGAGCAACAGCCUGCCCCCUAGCCCCUUGAGGAUAGUGGAGGAUGAGGAGUAUGAAACGACCCAGGAGUACGAGCCAGCUCAAGAACCUGUUAAGAAACUCACCAACAGCCGGCGGGCCAAAAGAACCAAGCCCAAUGGCCACAUUGCCAACAGGUUGGAAAUGGACAGCAACACAAGCGCUGAGUGCAGUAACUCAGAGAGCGAGACAGAAGACGAGAGAGUAGGUGAAGCGACACCUUUCCUGGGCAUACAGAACCCCCUGGCAGCCAGUCUCGAGGCGGCCCCUGCCUUCCGCCUGGCUGAGAGCAGGACUAACCCCGCAGGCCGCUUCUCUACGCAGGAGGAUUUGCAGGCCAGGCUGUCUAGUGUAAUCGCUAACCAAGACCCUAUCGCUGUAUAAAACCUAAAUAAACACAUAGAUUCACCUGUAAAACUUUAUUUUAUAUAAUAAAGUAUUCCACCUUAAAUUAAACAAUUUAUUUUAUUUUAGCAGUUCUGCAAAUAGAAAACAGGAAAAAAACUUUUAUAAAUUAAAUAUAUGUAUGUAAAAAUGUGUUAUGUGCCAUAUGUAGCAAUUUUUUACAGUAUUUCAAAAUGAGAAAGAUAUCAAUGGUGCCUUUAUGUUAUGUUAUGUCGAGAGCAAGUUUUGUACCAUUACCGUGAUUGCUUUUCCACAGUAUUUCUGCAAAACCUCCCAUAUAUUCAGUUUUUGCUGGCUUCUCGUGCAUUGCAUUAUGAUGUUGACCGGAUGUAUGAUUUGCAAGACUUGCAACUGUUCCUCUGUUUGCUUCCUGUAGCCCCCAAUCAGUCAGUACGUCUUGUAAUGGCACAUCCAUCCAAAUACUCUCCUCUUUUGUAUGAAGUUUUAUUUUGCUUUCAGUAUAUGAAAUGAGUUGUGUCUACUCUGCCAGCCAAAGGUUUGCUUCACUGGGCUCUGAGAUAAUAGUAGAUCCAACAGCAUGCUACUAUUAAUUACAGCAGGAAACUGCAUUAAGUAAUGUUAAAUAUUAGGAAGAAAGUAAUAUUGUGAUUUUUUAAAAAAAACUAUAUUGUUAAUGAGAAGACAGCUUGCUCUCACUCAAAGGAGCUACCAUUUACUUGAUUUUGAUUUAUUUUUCUUGACAAGCAAGCCACAGUUUGGGGAGGGUAGCAGAGAAAUUGUGUUCUGGCUUGCUACUAGGGUAUGUCCAACACCUUACGAGAGGACUUAAUGCCACUUUCUCUGUGGGGGAAUGACACAGCAGCUCAUCUAGUUGAAGAUCAAACCAUGGCUGAGAAAGGUUGAAUCAUUCCUGACUUGCAUUUUUCAUCGAUUUCGGAGCCAGUAAUCGGUUGUCUUCUUGGCUCAAAACAGACAUACUAUGGCACAAAACCCCCAGCUUAAACAGCACACUCAGCAGUUUGUCUGAAGCACUUCUAGACUGAAAUGUGCCUGCUGUUCGUAGUGGUGACUUGUCAUCAUGGGGAAACAGAGUGUCUAGAAGGAGUGACUGUGUAGAAGACACAGGUGGAGAGCAGCUGUGUGACUGGGUUGCAAUUUCGUACAGUUUUGUUGACCACUCCUUUCUCCUCAUUCUUUUUCUCUUGUUUUCCAAUGUUGCCUUGAUUAGGUCAUAACUAUGCAUGAACAUUCUUGUCAGGAAUGGCCAAUGUGCAUGUGAUUUGUGAUUAGUAAGAACCUUCCGCGAGCCAUGCUUUGCCAAGAAGCAUCAGUAGUGUUGGAAGAUGGCACAUUUCCUUGCAGAAAUGCCCCCUCUUGUGUACUGACCCCUCAAUUCUCAGCCUGUAUCACCCAGUUCCCCCCUUUCUUACUUUUUGCUUUGCUGUCACAGCACAGGACUAAGAUGGGCCUGAACUUUGCAUGUUCUCUUGUGAUUGUAAAUCCAAGAAAGGCCUAUAGGUAUUAACAUUUGAAAUAACUGCUAAUCUAGGAAAAUAAGAGAUUCCUUUAAAAAUCAGAGGCUCCAUUUAAUGAACUGCCUGAAAUCUGUCAAAUCAGGUUGGAGCCUAACUUAGGUUCCAUGUAGACGCCUAGGAACCAUGUGACAAAACGGGAAACAGGUUAGCACGGGGAUCAAAAUACCAGGCAUGCAGUCAAUGAGAGUUACUGCUUCUUGUUUGAAGGUGAACUGAACCUAUUUCUUCACCAGGUCUCUAUGUUAAAGGUAAAGGGAAAAAUAGCAUGCAAGCAGGUCUUAGAAGAAAGAUGCAGGCUGAGCAUGAGUCCUAUCAUUGAGCUCCUACAUGUUUCUGCCACGCACAGAGAUGGCUGUCCGCAGGUACUUGAUGUCACUCUGAGUGUUUGGUCUCCCAAGCUGCCCUUCAUUGUUCACAUGCCACUUUCUCCAUGCCCAGCAGUGCCCGAGUCAGCUUGUUACUCCACAGGGAGGGGCACCUCACAGGCUGCAUAGGUUGCACUGAUUUUGCAGGUCUGUAGAAACAAGUGCAUUCAUGGCAGGAGCAAGAAGACAAGUCAACAUAAAGAAGUUCUAUAGAUUAUUCUAACAUUUGAAGGGCUUGAUUCAGCCUUAGACUGUUUCAAUAAAAAAACUUCCUCUCAUGAAUUAAAACUCUAAAAUUUCUGUUUCAAAUGCUACAGGCUUUGGAGUAUUCAAAUGCCUCAUUCUGGAGAAUUCUGGGAAUAAAUAAAAUCUGUUGAGAUCAAUGACCAGCAUUUUCAUCAGUUUGAAAAUAGCUGUAAAUUUUCAUGUUGCAAAAGUAUGUGAACAUUUAGGAUAAGAGGAAAUUUCACUUCCAACCUGAUUCUGGGCACUCACAGAGGUGGCAUUAGUCGGGACAGCAUUACCCUCUGUAGAAUAAGAUCUUCCCUUGAUAAGAAAGGCCAGCUGACUCCUCAGGGUUAUCUGCUGCAGCCACCAACUUUGUGUUCACAGGGGCAUCUCUAUGCUGUUUAAUUGCCACAUGGCUCUCAAACAACCCUGUUUAUAAACAGAGGCAGUGCUGUGGCAAUUCAAAGGAGUGUGAACCAAUGUUCCCAACCUCUGAAAAGCUUUCGUGGGUUUUCAGGCAGUGGAAAUUGCCCAGAAGGCCAACAGCAGCUUCCUUCCCCCGGGCCUGAAAUCCCACUGAGGGGUAUGCAAUGGAGCAUAGUAUAUGCAAAACUCCUUUUUCUCACUCAAGAUUCCUUCUCUGUCCUACCCUUCCUUUCUGCCUAGUAUGACUUUUCUUACCUGGACAAUCUCAUGCAUUCCACAAAAUAGCACUCGACCUGGGUGUAUGUGAAUGUGUUUCAAACACCAACACGCUGUAUCUUCUUUGUUUAAGUGUGACUGUCUUGAUAUAAGUGGAGUUUAUCCAGGGUAACUUGCUCAGUAAUUGAUUUUUUUUUUUUGGUCUGGGGUUGAAAGGUGCAUGGUUCACACUGGUGAAAAUAAGAAAGGCCUGGUUUUUUCAUUCAGUGCUGGCUGCAUUCCACCAGCCACCGAGAUUUCUAUCUACAAAGACACAUGAAACACUGCAGAGAAACGCAGACAAAAGGAAAUGGCCACAUAUCACAAGUUCUAUUAUAUAUUCUUUUGUAAAUACAUAUUGUACAUUACUUGGAUGUUUUCCUAAAUCAUUUACUGUCUUUAUGAGUUAAUGUUAGAUUUUUACUCUCUCAACUUACUGUGUAACAUUGUAAAUAACAUAAUGUCUUUUAUUAUUUAUAUUUAAGCAUCUAACAUAGAGUUGUUUUCAUAUAAGUUUAAGAUAAAUGUCAAAAAUAUAUGUUUUUUGUUUUCCUUUGCUUUAAAAUUAUGUAUCUUUUCUUUUUUCUUUUUUUUAAAUAAUUUAUUGUUCAGGAGAAAGAAUGUAUAUGUAAUUGAAACUAUUUGAAGAAUGCACAUUUGAAGGCGUGGGGUACUGAUAAACUAAAGAAUUUAUUAUCCAAAAUAUUAAGCAAUAAGUAAUUGUGAUUUAUUUCAAGUUCUGUUCAUUUUCCAUGAAAGACAUACUGCAAUAAAAAUGCUCCCCCGUGGAGACCUGGGAGUGUUGCUCAGCAGACUAGCGUUUCAGUCUGUUAGACCAGCACCUGUCCUGUUCCUGCACCAGCUGUGUUAAUUUAGGAAUGUGUUCGGUGGACCCCACGA